CGCGUCCACAGUAUUUCCAUUGACACUACAACUUCUACACUAGAUAGCCUUCCUUUUGUCAAGCUGGAAGUCAUUGCCAACAAUUCACGGCUAAUACUCAGACCAUCAAAGCCUGGAAUCUUCCCUACCAUUCCUUUCCGACCGGCGAUGAUAACCUGCGAAACCUCUCAUCGUCGUUGAAAUACCUCCUCCAUUGGCAACUUUCCGAAAUGGCUUUCAACUUCAACCCUCCCGCCUCAUCUGGGGGAGGAAGUGGUCAAUCAUUGUUUGGAACAGCAAAUCAGCCUGCGAGUGGUGGUGGACUCUUUGGCAGUGGUACAUCAGGCACCAAUACAACAGGGUUCAAUUUUGGUGGACAGCAACCUACGUCUGGUACAGCUGCGCCGAGUCUAUUCGGAGCAGCUGGAUCGACGGACAACAAGCCCGCCGCAUCUGGUCUCUUUGGUGCUGGUUCUGGAAGUGCGCCACCAUCUGGGGGUCUAUUCGGCGCCAAAAAGCCUGACGACGCCCAAGGUGGUGACAGCGCAAAACCUACCUUUUCGUUCGGCACACCAGACAAGACAUCAACACCCUCAACAAGCGCGCCUUCGCUAUUUGGCUCGACAACCCCUGCGACCGGAGGCACAAAUAAUGCUUUCAGUUUCGGAAAUCCAUCAACGACUCCUGCUGGGCCUCCCCCUUCUGGGUCAACAUUCGGAGCAAGCACUGGCGGUGGUGGUCUGUUUGGAGCGAAACCUGCUGAUGGUGCAGCCAAAGCACCAUUCAAUUUCACAAAACCCGAUGCUCUUACCUCUGUAUCAUCAGCACCAGCGCCAGCAGCACCUUCAGGUGGUCUAUUUGGACCCAAGCCGGCCACUGGUGGCUUCAGCUUUGGCGCUCCAAAUCCAGCAGAAACAACUCAAUCUUCUACACCAGCGCCAAUGACCACCGCCGAAGCGCCUAAACCUGCGUUCUCUUUCGGACCCUCCGCAGCAGCAUCAACUGCAACUACACCUGCAACAUCGCAGCCAGCCGCCCCGGGGACUACACCCUCAUUGUUCGGCGCGGCUCCUGCCAAAGAUAGCAGCACAAGCCUUUUCCCCAAGCCAGCAGCGCCAGCAGCAACAACUGAAACAGCGCCCGCAACAAAACCAGCAUUUUCUUUCGGUCCAUCUUCGACACAGGCUUCUGCUGCGCCAGCACAGGCGACUUCUGCUCCAACAUCUAAACCACUGUUUGGUGGGCUCAACCUCGGCGCAGGUAACUCUACUCCAGCUGCUUCGACGGCUGCCGCAACUACGACUGGCACCACGGCGACAUCUGCACCGGCUGCAAAAGGCUUUUCAUUCGGGCCCGCCACAACUACGGCAACCUCUCAACCUACAACAACUGCUGCCCCGGCUGCGUCCCCAUUCUCAUUUGGCCCAGCUAGCACUACUUCAGCUGCUCAGCCUGCUCCUACCACGGCCACUGCUGCCCCGGGGGCUGGCACCACGCAAGCGCUCGGACAGAGCACCAUUGGAGCUCAGACAUCCACCACAGGUCCCCCUCCUCCAGCUCAGUCUCGGUUACGCAAUAAAACAAUGGACGAAGUGCUAACGCGAUGGGCAACUGACAUGUCUCGAUAUUCCAAAGAGUUCAAGGAUCAGGCCGAGACUAUUGCUCGUUGGGACCAGAUCAUUGUGGAUAACUCUUCCAAGAUCGACAAGCUCUAUGUCCGGACAAGAACAUGCGAGAGACAAACCAUGAGCGUCGACAUGCAACUUGCAGCGGUUGAGAAUCAGCAGAGCGAACUCGAGAGCUGGCUGACCAAAUACGAGACUGACAUUGAUGAGAUGCUUGCAAAAGACAGUGCAACUCAGACCGAACUAGGAGGGCCAGAUCAGGAGAGGGAGCGGACUUACAAGUUGGCAGAAAGACUCGGAGAGAAACUGGAUGAAAUGGAACGCGACUUGGGCAGUAUGGUUGAGGAAGUCAAUGCUGCUAAUGCAAGUCUGAGUAAGAAUGGCAAGGCAGACGAGCCAAUUACCCAGAUCGUCAAAAUCCUCAACUCGCAUCUUAUGCAACUACAGACCAUUGAUCAGGGCACAGCUGCUCUGCAACAAAAAGUGGCUGCAGCACAGAAGACGGCUGGUAAUCUUGGGUACCUGAAUGGUUCUAUGGGUCAAGGUAGCGGCACGGCUGUGCAGGAAUUUUAUCGCAGCUACAUGGGCAGAAGGUAGAUUUUGGUUGUAUGACUAUGGGCAACGUUAAUUGAUGAUACGGGAAAGCCUCACUUGAAGGAAGUGACAGCUAUAGGUCUAGGUCAGACAGCUAGUCCAACACGAGUGAAGUUUUUGAUUAUUUUUCCAUGAGAGCCCGGAUCGUGACAGAAUGAUAGAUGAUUGGAAGGAGGCUUCUGCAAAUGUGUAUAGAAGAGCUCAAUCUGGAACCUGAGCAAACAAAAGCGGAGUGGCAGGCGCCUCACGACUCAUUGAUUGGUAUUUGAGCAGAGUCUGGGGGCAUUCAUAUCUGUACAGAGCAGAACAGAGCAAUUCCCAAGUCAAUUCUGG